AUUCUUUUAGCUCCUUAGUGAAAAACAGUGUCACCCAUGUGUGAGCGACAUGGCAGUGAAAGUGAAAACCCCCUCAAAUUGCCCACGAAAGCGAAACUUUGUUUUUAAACAUUUGGUAACCAGCGGGGCCAUAAUUCAUCAUUGAACUUAUUUUCACAGAUUUGUUUAAAUUCAAGAGUCAUGUUUAGAUUUGUUUUCUUUAACAUUUAAUCUUGAGAAUUAAUUCUUUUAGCUCCUUAGUGAAAAACAGUGAGUGACGUGGCAGUGAAAGUGUUAAGCAGGGGAUUUUUUAGAAGUAUCAUAAGUAGCAUAAGUAUCCCAUAACAUUGUAAAGGUGCAUGAAAAUAGUUCAGCAAACACAUUGGAUCGGUGUGUUUGACUUUGAAGGAUUUGUAAGAGUGACGUAAAAGGACGUAUGUUUGAAAUGUUAAGAGGCAGAUAUGACAGUGGAAGCUACGGGCUCGUCGGUAUCUACGAUCUGUUUAUCGAUCAUGACGGACGUUUUCUUUCCGGUGACGACAACCACAGAGUCAUGGACAUUCUUGCGAAUAGAAAUCAAAAGACAGCAUCGAGUAGUCCUUUCGUCACGAUCUGUCAUCGGAAGAUGCAGCCUGGCAGGAAGACGAUGGAAAUGCUUGUCGAACGUGUGGUAAAUUGUGAGAACUUGCACGACUGCCGUCGGACGUGCGAUUAUGAAAAGGCUUUCGACUGUAAAGGCUUUAAUUACAGGGUUGGAUCAAGCGGUUCGAAGGGUGUGUGCGAAUUAACGGCGACGCCAUAUUUUCGCAUGAACGUCGACAGAGAUUUCCUAACCGAUCCACGGUACGAUUACUAUGAAAGGGAACGAAAUUGUGUGCCCUCUCUGUGGGACACCACACAAUGGACUAACAGAGGUUAUGGGAAAAACCGUCAAGAAGGAGCAUGGUCACGAUUGGAUCGCAAUGGUAACGAAGAUCUCCCGCCAGGAUUACCGGCUUACCCUGACAUCUAUCCGAGCAAACACGAGUUCAGUCGAUUCCCCGAUCAGUACAUACGACCCAACGAGCAAUUUUCCCGAGAUAAUUCGCAUGAACCUUUUAAUUCUCGUGAAAAUGGCCGACACUGGAACGGACCGAACUGGACGGGUUCAGAGAUACAUUAUUCUGGACCAGUUUACAAUAAUUCUCUCCACGAUCCUCGCAUCGACCAUAAAGGAUUUCCGAACGAGAGGCCGCCGAUUUUCCCCAAAUAUCGGCCGGAGGAUCGAUCGUCGCCGCAGGAUUACGAUCAGUUUUAUGGAAAAUAUUAUAAUUAUGGCAGCGCGUUUGGAUACAACGAUAAUACCGUGCCUCCGGCGAAAGACUUUCCUUACGGGGAACAUGGUAAAUUCCCAGGGGCACAGAAAUGUUCCAUUAGAUCAGCAACCGGCUCAAAAUUGAGUAGAAGCGUGUUAAGGAAAACUUGUUUGGCGCGUGAUUUGAUGCAAUGUGAGGAUCUCUGUAUCAAGGAAUUGUCCUUCUCUUGCGGGAGUUUUGCUUUUAGAUACAACGUGUUGACUACGAACCCCACAGAUAAUUGUUUAUUGAGCGACCUUCCACACCAGGAUCUAAACUUUUAUACGGAUCUCGAGCCAGAUCGAGAUUACGACACCUACGUGAUCGUCCAAGACUCGAAAGUAUGUCGCUUGAGGAAAACGACGAACAGACACCCGUCCGAGGAAUGUUUCUCAAGAGUCAGAAGCGGAUUUGGCAUUCCUACGGACAUCACGAAGAAGUCGAUGCCCGUCGAUGAUUUGGGGGAGUGUCAGUUCGAGUGCACUUCCUCCCAGGAAUUUGUUUGCAGAAGUUUCGUCUUCAAGUACGCAACGACGGAUUAUCGAGCGCACGCGAACGAUCGAGUCUCGACGAAUUGUUUCUUAACCGACUGGCCACCUGGGGAAAUAAAUCCUGCCAACAUGCCCGACAUGGACGGCGCAGAGUUGUACGAAAGAAGCAGCUUUUCUUAUGGUUGCGAGGCAUACCCACCAUUGCCAAUACCCGACGCGGCUAUGACGAAUAACAGAGCCACUAACACACGAAUGGACGAACAUUGUUACUCUGAACAUCACAGACCUUGCAGACUGAUGUCACACGCGGUAGUGUCCUUCACCAGAGCUGACACGAAGUCGGAGUGUCAGCAAAAGUGUUCCACGAUGAGGAACUCGGCCGCCUCACCGCCGUGCAUGUCUUUCAAUUAUAUGAUCACCACCGAUAAUACUCGAAACAACUGUAUGUUGAGCGACAUCUCGAUAGGAGACCUAAGACCAAACGUGGACUACACGCACGAUGAGGAUCAUUUGCUAUACACGUGGAGAGAUCACGAUCCUUACUGUAGACUGAUGGCAAAUGUUCCGUACGCCACACCAUCGCCCGAGGACCACGGCCAACCAUUUCCUCCCACGCAGGACGACCACUUCAACGGUCAAACUGUGUUCAACGAUGGGACUCCUACGCUCGAUUUACCUUUCGAUCCUACGGGAAGCAAAUUCAGGCCCCAGGAUCACGAACGCGAUCCACAAACUGGCAUUGUCGACGGUGAUCCUCAUUUCGAGCCUGGAUUCGAUUUUUCCUACCCAAGAAAAGAAUUGUCCACUUUCCAACGUUAUACGGUGAAUGGUCACCCCUGUAAAAAUGGCACUGUUUGUCAGCGGAACGAGGUAGCUGGCUUCUGGUCCUGCGAAACAGAAGAAAGCGAAUACGGUAGCUGGGAUUAUUGUUGCGACUCUAACCAUCGAUGUGGCUUUUCAGCUGGAUAUCAUUAUCCUUGGUGUUACGUAGGUUCCAACGAUGACCAGUGGAGACCCUGCAGCGAAACUUAUUAUCCCUAUUUGCCCAAGGAUCGUGCAGUGUAUCGACAAUCGCCAACAUAUUCAGGGCGCCAUUGGCCAGUCAUGUACCUUCACGAAACGUUACCACCAAACUGCACUGACAACAGUCACAAUUCAAAUCAUUUAAGUCGACAGUUUUCAUAACGAAAGAUGAACCAAAACGAUGAACACUUCAAUUUUGUAUCGCAGAAAGAAUUUUAAAUCGAGUACUAACAAAUAUCACUAACAAACAUCCUUCGGGACAGUAACGAACAGAUAUUUUUUUAUAAUUAUAGUAACAGAUUAUAAAUAAAACUGUACAAACUAAUGUUUAGA